AUGUGGGUAAUUUGCGAUCGUACUCUAACCAACUACAAGCGAACAAUGACUGUUCAUAAAGAGAAGACGAAGAGAGGAGAGCCUGUCCCCAAGAAGGACAGCGCCUAUGAUUUUCGCAGCCGUCUAGGAUCGUAUUCGAGGACAAAUUUAUCGGAACUGGAAAAGUCCCCGCCUAGGCGAAAGCUUACUCCUCCUAAGGACCAGCCGCGGACUACCAUCACAGCUAAUCCUACAGGUGCCGCGCUUGUCGCCGAGGCGAAGACCCACACCUUGACCACUCACAAUGAUCGAGUUGAUCACAGCGAUCGCGAAGAGACGGCGAACUUUAAUCGCCGCCUUCUUCGCGAAUUUGACAGCGAGAUCCAGGCAUUAGCUGUCCCCCAGUACAUCUUCAACCCAGGCCACUUAGGACAGCAGGAUUAUGUGCUCAUGGACGGAUACCUCUAUAGCAAGAUCAGAAGCCGCAUCAAAGCACAAUUUGCCUUUUGUGGUCAUCCACGAAUUGAGAGCACUAGCACAUCUCUUACUGAGGCCACAAAGUACACCAGCUCAUUAUCCCAGCUGCCGCUACCUGACAUCGAGGGACUUCUGGAACGCGUGGAUCGUUUCUACAUAUUCACCUAUAACAUCAACUAG